GCCGCGACACCGCAUCACCCGCACCCUUCGUCUCCUUCCCGCUUUUUACGAGACGUAGGGGCCGCCACCCGGGUGGGGGCGGCGACCGCGCGAACGCAAAAUAUUGACCAUCGGAAAAAGUCGCGUCGUAUCACAGUCAUCAGUUGAAACUGAGUUCUCGCGAGCACGCGUCCUUCGCCACGACUUCGGUGCGCGUCGUGAGUCUUCGGCUUGCGGUGUCGGCGAGUCACCCGGCCGCCGUUUAUUUUUCCGAGUCCCCCGCCCGGCGUCUUGCCGUCCGCGCCCAACAAGUGGUGUAGACGCUGCUCGAGCUCGCGGCUCACACGGAGUCUCGCGCCCGUACUUCGCACAACUUUCCGAGCGCUCCGCGCGCACGCGACGCACACUUGUCGCGAGUUUGUAAACCGAUCGCGUGUUUUGAAACUUUUACCAAAGUGUUUAGAGACUACAGUGGCGUGACAGAGGACUUCAGUGGCGUGUCGAGAGUCGGUACGGUGUUCGUAGAGGGUAGACUGAAGUCGAUGCACCUCCCGCACGCGAGCCCACCGGCCCCCAGCAUGGCGGACGUGUAUGCUCAUAUCCAUGAGUACUACCGGCAGAGCCACGGCGAGCUGGUGCAGACCGGCUCCCCCGCAGUGCUGUGCUCGGUGCUGCCGGGACACUGGCGCUCCAACAAGUCGCUGCCGGUGGCUUUCAAAGUGGUGGCUCUAGACGACGUGCAGGAUGGCACACUGGUCACCAUUAAGGCUGGGAACGAUGAGAACUCUAUGGCUGAACUGAGAAACUGCACGGCAGUGAUGAAGAACCAAGUGGCAAAGUUUAAUGACCUGAGGUUCGUGGGUCGCAGCGGGAGAGGGAAGUCGUUCUCGCUGACCAUCACCAUCAGCACGUUCCCCAGCCAGGUGGCCACCUACAUGAAAGCCAUCAAAGUCACCGUCGACGGCCCCAGAGAGCCCAGGACUAAGCAAAAUUACGGAUACGGUCACCCGGGUGCAUUCAGCCCGUUCCUGUUGAACCCCGGCUGGCUGGAUGCGGCCUACCUCAACUAUGCGUGGGCUGACUACUUCAGACCGCCACAAAUGCGAGACCAGACUGCCUCGCUUAUAAAAGGUGGUCCAGGUUCAAUACCAACGCCUCCAGUAACAUUACCCGGAGCAGAACUAUUCCAAUUUGGACCGGCGAUGGCAAAUCUGCCAGCAGGAGGCCUUAUCCCUCCACCUGGUGCUUUCCUACCGCCCAACGGUCUUCUGCCGUUUGCUCCACACCCUGCAGAUCUAGCAAUGAAGUCACUACCACCUGAGCUAUCACUGAAGAAUGGCAUGAAUCCUUACGAAGCGCUACGACACUUACAAAGCAACGUAUCUUCAAUGGAUACCUCAAGCGCUCGAUUGUCACCUACUAGCAGCAGACAAAGUGGUAGCCCAAGGAGCAUAGUCAAUGCUAGUCCCGACAGAUCGAAAGCUGAUUCUAAAUCAGAAGUCAACUCGAUGCAUGACGCCACAAUUACUGAUGAAUCAGACGAGGAACCUAUUGAAGUAGUGAAGUCUGCUUUCCAUCCCACAAGACCAGCGAAUGUUGAGCUUCAAGAGAUGAAGAGAGUUCAGGCUGCGGACUCCACGGUGGCAGACAGGCCGCGAGUCCGCAAUGAGCUGAAGGCUCCUUCACAGCGCACCACGCGAGUGCUCUCCACUAGUCCAACAUCUACCAAGAUUUCAAACGGCACGAUACCAACUCACAAGUCAGUUUGGCGGCCAUAUUGACUCUAUAGUGCUAGUUCUUAGUUAAGUAUCCAUUGUGAUGGUGGAUCUGUUGAAAUGUGAUAAACCAAUGAGCUUGUAAAUAAUAUAGGUAUUAAAAAUCCCUUGAUUUAUAUCAGAUAUUUAUUGUUAGACAUAUUUAGAUCACUAGAGUUUAGAAUAGUCAAGUAAAUGUUGAUAGAUUAUUUGUUACUUUUAUUGCAAAUGUGUUCAAGCUUAUCUAUAUAAUUAUCUCGUAAAUAAAUGUAAAUUGAUUUGUAAAUGUAUAAUUAUUGAAACUUUAAUAUUCUUCGAGAAACGACUGAUUACUUUAAUGUUUAAGAAAGACAAAUGUAUUAUUGUAAAUAGUUUAAAAGGGUAUUUAUUAAACGAACGAAAUGUACAAUAAAUGUCUGCCAGUUGGCAAUGUAUAAUCGAAAUGUAUAUAUGUAUCUAGAGGUAACGAGAUAAAAGAAAGAUU